AUAGGCCUAUAUCCAGUAAACCAUCUCAAUUCGAUACUAAAGCAUCAACGCGGUGUGACGCGCCAAAUCGAACGAACAAAUAAAAAAUAUCGAAACAAUUCGAAUAUUGAAAAAAUACGAACGCGAACGGUGAUAUCCAAGUGUUUUGUGAAAUAUUGAAAAUUUUUUAUAUAAAAAAAAUAACUGAAAUAAUUGCAAAAAUGCGUCUCCUGAUCGUAGCAUUCGCACUCUUCGCCGUUAGCGCCACAGCCGCGCCACAAUAUGGAUACGAACCAGCAGGCAGUACCAGUGGAUUAGCCGCACGCAGCAGCAAUGGAGUCCUCGGCGGCAGCGGUGGUGUUGCGCCCGGUAUUGGUGGUGGUGCCAUUGGCAAUGGCAACUCGCUAAGCCAUGGUGGCGGACGUGGUGGUGACAAAUACCUACCACCCGAGUCCGAACAACAGGCGCCACUCAUCAACAAACAAUUCUACACCAUCUCGGCACCGGAAGAUAAUGCCACCAAAUCGAAGCACUUGGUUUUGGGCAAACCACAAAAGAAUUUCCGUGUGAUCUUCAUUAAGGCACCCACACCCGAUAAUGUUAAGUACUCCGCCGAAUUCGCGCCACAAGAAGAGAAAACCGUUAUCUAUGUGUUGCACAAGAAGGGUGAGGAUAUCGAUGCCGCCAACAUUGGUACACCAGCACCAACUGUGCCCAGCAAACCAGAAGUCUUCUUCAUCAAAUACAAGACACCCGAGGAGGCACAACAAGCACAGAAGGAAAUUCAGGACCAAUACGAUCAAUUGGGCGGCAACAACCAAUUCGGUGAAGACACCGCCCCCAUCACCUCCGUGGUUGGCGCUUUGGACAGCCUUAACCCUGACGGCAGCUAUAACUAUCGCCAAGUGAACGGCGGCAGCGGCAAUUUGGCGGAGCCACAACAGCCCAGCUCUCAAUAUUUGCCAUCUUUUUUGAAGGUUUAAUUGGAAUUUGAUAUGAAAAUUUACGACCUACUUGGAAUUUAGUAUUUAGUUAGCAAUGUUGAUUAAUAGUUAAGCGGAAUCUGUGACAAGCGUAUUCGUUAUAUGCGCACAUUCUUUGUUAUAUCUGUUGUUAUUUUUAUUUGUUAAAUGUUGUUUUCUUGUUUUAAAUAAAUUGAAAUCGAA